GUCGUAUUAGACGCCAUUGCGCGAGAACGAGGCUGGACCGCAAAAUUCAAAAUCUCAAAAUAUGUCAAACUAAUUUUAUAUAACUUGUAUUUUAAACUAUGGAUCUGGACAAGAAAUUGACACUGGUCAACUGGUUCAAUGUUGUGAGUGACAGUCACAUCCAGUCCUUUGGAGACCUAAAUGAUGGCAUCAAAAUUGUGCAGUUAUUACAAUCUUGCGGAGAUAUUUUAACUCAAGAUAUAGUUCCUGAUACUAGUGAAUCCAGAUUGGCUGCCAUCAAGAACUAUCUAGAAGCAUUUUACAGACAAAGCUUUGCUGACAAUCAGAUUAUCAACUUUGAUGGACUUUCCAGUAACAGUCUUCAUGGGGAUGCCUUUGAUUUUGAGAUGGGGAAGUUGUUGUUGGCACUGCUGUGCUGCCUGGUGCAGGAGAAAUGUCGGAGACGCUUCAUCGACCCGGCCAUCAACAUGCCGGACCGCCAGCAGCACCUUAUCAAGGAGAUGGUUGAAUACAUUGUCUGCUCUGCCUCUGAACAACUCACACAAGAGUUUGGGAACAUCUUAAAGAAACCAACGGACACUGACACUAUCAACUGUGACGCUGUUCCUUUCUUCAAACUAGUUGCAUCCGGGAAUUACGAUGCAUCGCUGUGCCAGAGCCAGACAAGCACACCCUGUAGUCAAAAGGCAGGCAAGGGUGCUGCUGGUCACGCCGACAAUGAGAUCCCACCUGUAUUCAAGAUGUACACCAAUAGUCCAGGAGCGGCUAACACCAGCGGGCUGAGUAUCCGCGACUUAUCUUCCCCUCUCAGAGUGAUGUCCCUUUCCUCGCCAAUCUCACCUCUCGGGGCUCUCAUGCAGUCGCCCCAACUUGCACAAAAGGCAUUGUUACGUCAGAAGAAUAAGGAGCAGAAGCGUCUUGAGGCUGCGUUGGAGAAUGAACGGCACCUUCGCGGGGAGCUAGAACUUGACCUCCGUGAACGCACCACACAGAUACAGGACAGGGACAUUCGUGUCCGUGACAUGGAGCGACAGCUGAGUGAGGCCCGGAAACUGCGUGACCAACUGGAUGAGCUUGAGACCGUAAGACAGGAGAAUGAAGGGCUUAACAAGGACGUGCGAGAGUUGAAGGUUCGUCUGUCAGAGCAGCGGAAUAUUCGGGAACAGAAUACAAUGCUGGAACGUGAGAACAGAGAGGCAUUGCAGGACCUUGCAAACGCCAAAGAAGAGCUGAAGUUCCUCGAAUCUGUGAAGAAAGCAAGUGAGGAGUACCGAGCUCAGUGCCACAAGCAGCAGCUGUAUGUGUCCGACCUGGAGGCCCGUGUGCAGCACUGGGAACAAGAGGUCGGCUCCCUCAGGGAUCAGCUCUGUGAGACAGACAACAGUCGGCAGGUAGCAGUCAACAACUGUAACCAGCUCAGGAGAGAGAAAGAGGAGCUAGAGGAACUCCUUGGAGCUAAUAAUGCUUGCAUCACUGGUGCUUCACCUGUGUUUGCGGGAGAGACAAUGAGCGUGGUAACAGAGAAGAGGCUUGCUGAGGUUCAGGCUAAAUAUGAGGAGAUGCGGGCCUCGUGGAUCGACCCGCACCAGCACGACAGCAUCAGGAAACAACUAGACCUGGAACAGCAGACCAAACAGUCAUAUGAGGAAAAGUACAUCGAGACCAAGAGGAAUGCCAUGUCUUUGGAAGUGGAUCUGGAAAAGACUGCAGCCACCCUUCAACAGGCUCAGUCUCAGGUAGCCAGUCUCGAGACUCAACUCAAGGUCAGCCAGGAGGAGAUACGGGCCCUCACCCAGCAGGUGGCUGGGCUCACAGAGGCCCAGGUGAGACUUGAGGGCAGCGAGGCAGAUCUGAUUGAGGCCAGAGACGGUCUGAAGUCACGAUGUGGGGACCUUGAGACUGAGCUGGGACAGGCUCGAUCACAGCUCAAAAUGGCUAACAAGGAGCUUGAAGUUGAAAAAGAAGUCGGUGGAAACGUUGUGAAGUCUCUAAAAGCUGAAAAACAGACUCUGGAGGAAAACCACAAUGAUGAAGUUUCUAAACUUAAACUUGAAAUGGAGAACGCAAAAUCCAGACUCAAUGAGAAGAUCCUUGCAUUGGAAGCUGAGGUGAACCAGCGGUUGACUAGCGCUGAGCAACAAAAGAAAAAAAGCAGUGAGAGGUAUUCGGAGCUGGAAGACCACUUGAAAGCAGUUAAGGCAACAUCUGAAGAGAGGUUAGAGAAAAUUGAAAGAUUGGCAGAAGAGAUUGACGGUCUGAAGAAGUCAUGUGCUGGUGAGAUUGAUGAUCUGUCUUGUAGUCUGUCAUCUAUGACAAAGGAGAAGAAAGCAGCAGAACGUGAAGUGCAUAGGCUGAAUCUUGAACUUGAAAAUGUGAAAUCAUCUGGCCAGAAUAAGACGGAGGGAAUGGAGAAAAAGAUGGAAGAAUUGGAGAAUACAUACAAAGAAGAGGUCAAUGACCUCAAACAGUCAAACAAACUUGUGUCUGAGGAAUGUCAAACACUCAAAAAACAACUUCAAAACUUGAGUGAAAAACUGGAAAAAGAAAAGUCUGAGGUUUCCAGGGCGUGCGAGCAGAUUAAGGAGAUGCAAUUCAGACAUAAUCAAGUGUCUGGCGAUCUGGAAGAAGCUCAGAAAAACAUUGUUGAGUAUGACAAUCACCUUAAACAGUUCUCAGAAAGGCAUGAGAAAGACGAAGCAGAAAAACUGACACUUAAAAGUCAGAUUGAAAAUGUGGUUAAACAGUUCUCUUCAGAAAAAGAGAAGUUAGAAGCACAAAUUAAGCAAUACUUGGAUGAUAUCCAGUCUGUGAAAGCUGAAAGUGCAAAUAGUAAACAUAGUAUGGAAGAGCAAUUGGAAGUUUCAGCCAAACAAUUUUCUGCAGAGAAGGAACAACUUGAGUCUCAAAUUAAGAAAAAUCUUGAAGAUAUCAAAGCAGUUAAAGAAGAACUAUCAAGCAGUGCUCAGACAUAUGAGUCAAAACUUAGUGCUAAAGAUGCAGAAAUUUGUGAACUUAAAGAAGAAGUUGAAGCAGUGAAGAAGACUGCAGAAGAAAUGGAAAACAGUUUCCAGAAAAAGGAGGAGAAAUAUCAGAGUACUGUUGAAAGCCAACAAAGCAACAUAAUGGAGAUGGAGUUUGCUAUGGCUGAGAAAGAUGCUCAAGUUGCCUCCAUGUCUUCUCAGUUGGAUUACCUAAAAGACACAGAAAAGUCGCUCAGAUCAGCGUUGAUAAAUGUGGAAGCAGAUAAUCUUGCCAUAAAGAAUCUGCUGGAUGAAGGUAAACAGAUGAAGUAUGAUAUGCAUCACGCAAUAUCUGAAAAAGAAACUGAGAUGUCGAAACUUAGACUGAACAUUGAGUCUUUACAGGAAGAGACAGAACAGCAGAGAAACAGAUAUAGUGCUGAAGUUGAAAUAUUGAACCAAGAACUGGAAGCUGAGAAAGUUAAAUUUAUUUCAACCGAGGAGACAUUUACAAAGUUAAAAGAACAAAGUGCAGCAGAGAUGAAUCAUUUAAAUGAAACACUUGAACAAUUAAGGGUUGUUAGUGGAGAUCUUGAAAAGGAAAAUAGUGAAAUAAAACAGAAGCUUACUGAGUGUCAGUCUGAAAUUCUUCAAGCCAAGCAGACAGUGGAGCUGUUAACAGCAGAGAAAGAACAAGCAGCUGUAGACUUCAAAGCUUCACUGGACUCUGUAAAUAAGUUACUGGAAGAAAAGGAGUUGACUGAAAAUGAAUUGAAGGAAAAACUUGUGGAGACUGAGAGCUACUGGCGAUCCCAGUGUGAGGAACUAGAGGAAGAGUACGCAAGAGGGACACAAGAACAGACAGAUGAAAUGAAGAGACAGAUUGAAGAGAUGGAGAACAACUAUGAUGACAAGAUGCUCAGAUUGACCAGUGACAAAGAAGUUUACAUUGCCAGUCAAGAGGAGGCUUUCAGAGAAAGAUUGCAAGGUCUUGAAAAGGUUGUUGCUGAGAAAAAGCAAGAGAUUGAAAGUUUGAACGUUAAAUUUGAAGAGCAGAAUGUCAACUACAGGCAGAUGAUGUGCGAUAUGGAAGAAAAGUUGAGCGAGGAAAACGAAGACUUAAAAUCAAGGUUCUCUCAAAUGAAAUGCCAAUAUGAGAACAUGAUUGAAACUAAUGAAAAGGAAACAAGGAAGAAGAUCCAUGAACGGGAUGAAAGAAUUAAAGAAUUUGAAGCAGUGAAGAAGUCACUAGAUGAACAAAUGGAAGCAGCUAAAGAAGAAAAUGCUAAACUUCAAGCAGAAAUAGUGGCUCUGAACAAAAAGAUCAGUGAACUUGAGGGAAUGAUCUCAGAGUCUGGGAGCAUGCAGAUGGAGCGGGAGGAGAAGAUAUCUGAACUGGAGAAAGAGUUGUUGGUGAGCCAGGAUGAUGUCACAAAGGAGCGAGGAGAGAGGGCCGAGCUUGCCAGGCAGCUGGAAUAUACUCGAGACCAGAAUGACACCCUCACAGCUGAACACUCCAGUCUCCAACAACAGCUGGCUGCAGUUGAGGAAGAGAAACGUCAGUUGGAGGUACAGCUAAGUUCCCUGGAAGCGGAGGCUACGGCCCACCUGGAGCAGGCUCAUACCCAGGCUGACACUGAUAGCCGCAUGGCAAAUGUGGAGAAGAUGGAGCUGGAGAGGCAGCUGCAGGCCACGCAGAAGUGCUAUGAGGUUGUACAGAAGUCACAGACAGAGCUGGAGGCACGAUAUGAGGAUUUGGCAGAGAAGCGGAGCCGACUGGAGACGCGGUGUCAGGAGCUUGAAAUGCAGCUUCACAGCUCCCAGGAGGCUGUGCGUCAGCUAGAGGAGAAGGGAACCGCACUGCGGGAACAGAUCAGCAAGAUGAAUGGAAAGUUGGUCCUCCAAGGUGAUGAGUGCAAGAGGUUGACCGAGGUGAACUCCCGAGGUGCCAUGCAGCUGGAGUCUCUGCAGGCAGAAAUAGCAAGCCUGACUAGUAAGUACGACGAAGAUUUGCAGAAACUGAGGGAGCAGAAGACUACCCUGGAGAUCUCUAAUGCAGAGCUGAGUCAGGUUGCAGAGAAGCUGAAAGCAGAGACAAAGGAAAGAGAGAACCUGCAGAACAUUAAUGACCAGUACAAGGUUCAUUACAACAAGAAGAAGUCCAUCAUUGCUGAGCUGGAGGGCCGCAUCAGGGAGCAAACCCAGGCUCUGGAGAACGCCCGCGCCAUUGAGGACAAGUACGCCAACAUGAUGGCUCCCAUGACUGACAAGUACAAUGUGGAGGUGGCCAAGAACAAAAAACUUGCCUCAGAGUUAAACAGAGUGCAAGCCCAGCUGGACCUGGCUGAGCGGAAACUGCGAGAGUACCAGCAGCAGCUAGACAAGGGUAAUGCCGUCUUCCUUGGGGACCCCUCCGACUUCCAGCGCAUGCUAUCAGACAGAGACAACCCAAUAGACGCCAGCUUCAUGGAGAACCAUCCAUCAUCUGUGCCAUCAAUGACAGAGGAGGACACAGUUAUAGAGAACAAGAAGCGAUCCAGCUCCUUGUUUGAUUCCUCGAAGGAAACCACUCUUACACCGGGCACCCGCCUCAGUCGAACACGCAAACGAAUCUCUAAGAGCGUUAGCUCAUCUAUUAUGAACAGUGGUAACGAUGUGGACACAAUCAGUAUUGGGUCUGCGACAUCCCUUGCCAUGCGGCUCCGUUCCAGAGAGUCAACAACUACCUUGAACCGUAGCAUCACCAGCUUUGAUUCCAUCAGCUCAACAUCUUCUGUUCCACGAGGCACUGGUGGCCUGUAUUCCUGUGAGGAUGAGCCGAUGGAAAUGGAGUGGGGCCGUAUCGGGGAGUUGUCUCGCCGCAACACCAUGUGUCCUGCCCAUCUGAAAACCUCAUACCCUGUAGAGACCCAGCGCUGCAAGCCAAACCGGUUCCAGGAUGACGCCUUACGGGAGAGCACCAUUGGUACCCGGUCCAGAACAAACACUGAUGUGACAGACAGCGGGAAGAAAAGGAAACAGGGCUGGGACGGAGAGUCUAGCAGUGACUCAGACAGCAAAAAUAAACUGGCUAAGACUGGGUGUGUUUACCAAAAGCCUGGUCCACCAACACCAGCCAACUCCCGGCGAAACUCGAAAGGGUCUAAAUCUCCUGGCGGUAGACGUUUGUCCACAAAAUCCUCCAAGUCCCCUCGCACACCUAGCUCAACAAGGAGUAGACGCACACCGAAAAGAACUCCUAAAAAUUCCACUCCUCGCCUGGGUGCUAAUGAGAACUCUGGCAAAAAGGCAUCCAACAAGCGGGAGAGUGUUGCCUUCAGUAUCGGGUUUAGCCCCCAGACGCUGGACCGGUCCAGUGUUCGCCUCACCCGCCAACAGGGCUUCAUACAAAAACAACCUCAGACAGCCAGCCAGGCCUUACGAAAGCCGCUGGGCAUCCGAAAUUAUCAGCAAACGGGCGUAUAGUUUGCCAGGGCCAGGGAAUAAGUGCAGGUCACAGUAUGAUUUUAAAACUGUGCAGCAAUCAGAUUCAAAACACACAUGUUAGAUGGCAGCAUAUAUCAUACGGAAACAGUGGAAUAAUAUUCAAGCCAUUGACAGUGCUAAGAGAUAUGAUAACUUGGUGGCUUUGAAUAUGAUGAGUGUGUGUUCUGAAGAACAGGAUCUCGUAUCGUAACCAGGAAACAUAGUUGCAGACAUCAUAAUCACGGGCAUUUAAUGUACAGAAGACUCACUUUCUCAAUGCUAGCUGUAUGAUAUUUUGUGUGUAUAUUUUGCGGAAGGUUUUCCUCUAAUGAGUAUAUUUAAUUUUUAAUUUCUUUCUAUAUCUUAUCAUAUAAAGUUUCAAUAAAAUGUCGGUCAAUUUUUAUUAUUUAUUUGUUUGAUGUGUCAAUAAUUGUGUGGUGCUAUUGUGUUUAUUCUUCAUUCUUAAUCUUUUCUCAAUCUCUACUAUAUUCAUACAUAAAACUGUAUGUUCACCUCUUGAUGAUGUUCGUAGAAUUAUGUUUUGUUAAAUCUAGUGUCUUGAAUUAGUGAGAUAAAAUUAGAGAUAUUAUGAUUAGGAACAAUUUGAUAUUAUUAUAUUAUCACAAAUGGUGUAUUUAGAUAUAACAUUUAUAUAAAGCUGUUCUUCUAUAUUGAACUGGAAAUACAUGUUGCUUCAAAUUUGAAAUCAGGAUAGCCCUGAAAGGGCUUCUAAACAGUCUACCUACAAACCCCUUACCAAAAUGGUUUCAGCCCAUAAUACAUCAACAAACAUUUAGUUAUUAGUAUCCUCUCAGCUUUUUUUUUGCAUUAAGUAUAGAUUAAGUAUAGCCAUUUCAUUUUCUAACUGCCUUUAUAAUUUUCUAUUUAAUUCAACCUUUUCAUAGUUCAAAGUGUUCAUAUAUUUUUAGCAUGACUUUUCCAUCAAAAUUCUUGAAACAUUGGGACCAUUCAAAUGUAUAGAUCAUCAUUUUGCUUGUUAGAUAUGAUCUCAAUCAUGUGUACGUUAUUCAUAUCUUCAUUAUCCAUUCAUACUUAUUUUAUAUUUUACUGUAAACUCAUUUUAGACAAUGAUUUGUAUUUGAAGGAGUGUACAUGUUUGUAUGCUCUAAGGAAGAAAUAUAUAUUCAAAGUUCUAAAUUUUCACCAUGCUUGAAUUUGUUAAAUUUAUGGUUGUGACUUAUACUCAUUUGCAGCUGUAAAUAAACAUGCAUUAAAGAUGAA